AUGAAUGUAGCCAAGAGUGGUUACCGCGUUUUUUCCGCAAACUCCUCCGCAGCUUGCACAGAAUUGGCCAAGAAGAUAACAGAGUGAGUACAAUGUUUGCUUAGUCUCUCAGUUUUAUGACUGCUAGCUGGCAGGUAGAAAUUUGUACUAAGUGAAAGAAAAACCAUGUUCUCAUUCAGAGGACCAAACAUCUGAGUACUUUGCUUUUGAAUGUCAUUCGGCUGAUGUUGUCAAACCCUGAUAGAGUCUCAAUAACAAGCAGCUUUUAGACAUAAUAAAGAGAGAAGCAGAUAACAUAUGGUACUUGUUUUUGUGUAACACCUGUAAUUUUACUAUUAUCACAAGUAACUUUAGAUUUCAGAGGUUCACUGCAAAUUUAGUACAAGAUUUUGUGCUUUUAUUAGUAAUAAUGUCUUCUUAGACCCGUAUACCCAGCGAUGGAUAAUAGUUUUGAGUCUAUUAGGACGUUUUUACCAUCAAAAAUAUUGUCUAGUUUUGUAAUUUUGCAGUGUAAAAGCCUUUAUUUUUGAAAGGUGGAUCUAUAAAUAAAUCAAUAACUGUGUAAAAUGUGUCAUAUGUAUCCCACUUAAACUCCCAGCUAUUAAUUUUGUGCUCUUUGUUUCACAGGAGGCUGGGGGUUGAACUGGGGAAGUCUGUGGUCUUCCAGGAAUCGAACAGAGGUAAGGAUGGGGUUAUGAAUCAACAGAAAAAAAUAUAAGAAGUAAAACCCAUCACUGGCAGAUUUCCACUCAGCUUAACUGUAUUUUUGGUACUUUUAAAAGGAGCAGAAUUCAUCAUAAUUUCUUUGUCAUUGAGAUAUGACGAAACAAUGGUAAAUAUAUUUAAAAAAUGGCCUUAAAGGGAUAUUCUGGUGUAAAAUUACUUCAGGGUCAAACACACAAUAACACCGAGUUAGACACCCCGUUGAGAGAUGAAUGUUGCCGACCGCUUGCUUCUCUAGUUAUACUAACUUUAGCAUUGACCGCAAGAUAGCACUACACAGCGGUCUGAGGAGCCAUAAACAAACCUCAACCAAAACGCCACUCUAUAGCCACAGUAGCCAACAGUACAUAUAGGGUCCUAGCCACCAAACAUCUUUUUAACUUUGCCUAAUUUCUUUCACAAAGAGACGAAACACAACUCACCCACUCUGUGAGACCUCAGGACAGUCCAUUACAGACUGCAGAGGGUAGACGCAGCUCAAGGAAGUAUAUUUGUGAUAAUUUCUUUAUCAUGUACUUGAAGCAAUAAUCAUCAUAUUAAUCGUUUUGCACUGCAGACGCAGUAGUUCUUCUGCCUUAGCGUCUUGGUCUGAUUGCAUUUCCAUGAGAAAAUGAUCACAAAUGUUCUUCCUUGAGCUGCGUCACCCCACUGCAGUCCGUAAUGGACAGGCCUGAGGUCUCUGUACAAACAACCGGCUGCAGGAAGAGAGUAGGUGAGUUGUGUUUAUCUAAGAAGUCUAAAGAAAUUAGGCAAAGCUAAAAAGAUGUUUGGUGGCUAGUACUAUGGCUGGGACCCUAUAUGUACUGUUGAUGAAGUUAGGUGCUGUUCUGAGCAUUAUUUGUGGCUAUAGAGUUGCGUUUUGGUUGAGGUUUGUUUAUGGCUCCUCAGACCGCUGUGUAUUGUUAUCUCGCGGUCGUUACUAAAGUUGGUAUAACUAGAGAAGCAAGCGGUCUGCAACAUUACAUUAACUAAACUAAACAGUUUUGACACGGGCAUUUUAAAACUAACCGUUUUGUCACAUUUAAUACUCUCAAAGGGCUUACAGAGGGCCCUCCUUCACAUUUUAUCCAUUAAAGGGGAACUGCAAGAGCAUUUUUCCAAGGGCAUUUGGGCGGUGUGUUUUCCAUACAUAAGGGCACACCGGGGAAUGAUUACUGUGCUCGAUUACCCCCAGCCACACACACCACACACACACACACACACACACACACACACAAAAUACUUGCAAGGUUUAUUAAGGAGAGAUGAGAGAGAAGGUAUGCUGGAUGACAGAGUGCUCUUUUUUUCUGUUGAAGUAUUACAAACAGGUGAAAUGUGAAGAAUGCACAACUGCACCGAGACAGGAACUCUAUAUCACAGUUGAUUUGCACGCUUUGGUGUAUAAUUUUACUGAAAACUUAAUUGCACAUCACUAGUUUUUAAUAAUUUAAUACAGGCCCAUUCUUAACAAAAAAAUUGGGCAUUUGUCCUGCUAUUUCUGGAACAAGGCACUUGAAGUCAGCUGUGUUUCUUACAUUUUAAUUAUGUUAGCCAUGUUACCAGUGAAAAGUCGGAGUAAUAUGAUUAUUUUAAGUUCAUUUCUUGAAAUGUUCUCUCAAAAGAAUUCUCUCAAACAAAGUGGUUAUAACUUUUUUUUUAGCUCUUUUAACUUUAUAAAUACUGCCCAUGACUGUACUGUUCGGUUAAUAUUGAUGCCGUUUUUAUCAAUGUCAAUAUGUAAUGAUGUGUGGACUUGACGGUGUACAGUGUAAAGAAUACACAAGGCAAAGACAUGCAAAUAAGUAAACAUGUUUUUACAUUUCCCUCUUGAGCAGAAACAAGAGUGGACGUUAAAGAAUCAGUCCGUGGACAAACUAUCUUCAUCAUCCAGACCAUACCGCGGUGAGUACAGUACAGAGAGGCACAUCAUUUAUUGUGUCUCGUACGCUUAUUAUUCAGCACAUGUGAUGAUAACAUGUCCUUUUUCAUUUUCCUUCAACCAGAGAUGUGAACACAGCCAUCAUGGAGCUGCUGGUCAUGGCCUACGCUCUGAAAACGUCCUGCGCAAAGAACAUCAUCGGAGUCAUUCCCUACUUCCCCUACAGCAAACAGUGCAAGAUGAGGAAGAGGGGAUCCAUAGUGUGCAAGUUGUUAGCUUCAAUGCUAGCUAAAGCAGGUAAGACAAACAAAUGCAGUUUUAACCUCUUAAUUUGAAAAUGAAGAAGCUAGGCGGUGUGAUGUGUUCUCAGACUUAACACCACUCAUCUGUCUUAUAAACCCGCAGGGUUAACACACAUCAUCACCAUGGACUUGCAUCAGAAGGAGAUCCAGGGCUUCUUUAGCUUCCCUGUGGACAACUUACGUGCCUCUCCUUUCUUGAUUCAGUACAUCCAGGAAGAGGUGAUCAUUUUCCUCCUCUAUCUUCUGUGUGGAAGUCUGUAUGCUUGUUGAGUUAUUGAGUGUUAAAGUCAGUGGACUAAUGCAAUAACACAGUUUUGUAGUCCUCUGGAAAGCAAGAGUAGCGUGCUAUUUGAGAGUGAGUGGUAGGUAAAGUUACAGUCCUUCAUGUUUUUCCAGCAGAAACAUAAACAGUAUCUUUUUUACACAAUAUAAAUGGAGGGCUGUUGGUUGUAGGCGAUACUUAGAUCUAAUUUCUAUAUAUCCACAACCUUAUUCUUACUUAUAAAAUUAAUCACUUUUUCAUUCAUUUCUAAUUUAGAGAUUCAAAACAUCUUUCUCCCUAUCCAGAUUAAACAUUGUGGAUAUCACUACCAUUUCAUAUACUUACAAUCCAGUUGUUUUGAGACAUAACUAAAUAAUGAUUUUUAAAGAAACAACUUUAAUAAGUGGAGUAAUUAAUUAUUUGUAAUUAAAGUAAGACCUCAGUUCCUCAGGUUUUUUUCUUGGAUAGAUUCUUUUGAAGACACCCAGACUCUUCAUUCUGAAUAAGAGGAUAGGAGGAUGGGAAAAACACAAAUUUACAAGUGAGAAAAAAAGGUUUGAAUGAGGAGGACUGUUUUCACUAGUACCUGAUGUAUAGUUAGCUACUAAUCAGAGUGUUUAACUUCAAAAUGUUAAAACUGCCCACCACGAGAAAAAUGGAGGGAAAAAAAACAAAACGAGGUACCAGAGUGUCUUUUGUUUCAACGUCUGUGUUUCUUUUUCCUGUCAGAUUCCCGAUUACAGAAACGCCAUCAUCGUGGCAAAGUCCCCGUCAGCAGCUAAAAGGUAACUGAUAAAAAGAAUCCGUAUUAUUCCUUUUCGGGUUGAUGAUACUUGCAUUAUUAAUGUGCAUCUUAGCUCUUAGUGUAUUUGCAUAGCUGUAAGUGACCUGUGGAUCCAGUUCUGUCUGAUUCCUGAACACUCCUGUGAAGAAUUUUUUUUCGCUGAUUGUGAAACAUUUAAAAACUGCUAUCAGGGGUAGGCGUCAGAUCUUGAACAACAUACUGUUAAAGCAGUUUGUUUUUGACAAAGAUUAGUGGUAGAGGAGACAUACACAACAACACAAGCAAAGAGAUGAAAGGUACAGCUUUGCCCUUUAACCCACUAAGACCUGAACCCUGUCUGAGACACACCUCUGAAAUCCUGAGGGCAAUUUUGAGAAGGGCCCCCAGAUCCUGAGGUUUUCUCAAGUGAUGAGGUUUACAAAAAAGCGUACACGUGUGGCUUUCAAGAUUACUAUUUUUUAUUUUUCCGAACCUUCAUCACAUUAUUGAAAACCUUGAACAAACUCUCAAAUUAAGUAAAGCGGCUGUAUACAUAGAAGUAAAGGCUCUGCACUGGAAAACAGUUUGCUUUCUGCAAAACACGUGGCAGUCAUGAUAAAGUGUCCAUUCAAUACAAAUGUUAAUAUAAAAAAAUAAGGUGUCGAAAGGGUAUGCAGCUGCCCCAGUAUAGUGCCAGUACAAAAGCACCACUACAAACUAAAAAAAAAAAAAUAAAUACCCAAAGCCAUGCAACACUGGUGUGAGCUAAAGCACUCAAUAUGAAGAGGUUGUUCACACUGCUGGAUGCUUCUCCUCCGAAGCUGCUCUCUGCCGCCGUCAUUAUUUACUUUCCUCAUGAAGCAAGAUCCGAGCAUGAAUCUGACGGCUUUAUUAAGCUUUAUUCGCCUAUCAGAGGCAGACGGGUAUGAUGAUUUUAAAUGAUUAAAAAACCACAGAAUGUUACACAAUGACGUAUCCGCUUCCGGCUUGGAAGGUUGAAUUGCAUACACGCUUCUCCCAGCUUGAAGGGUAGAAAUGCGUACAUGCUGUCCCGGUUUAAAUGGGUUAACACAGUUAGUUCCUCACUGGAGCUUUAGUUGAAUCCUACAAUAAAUUUUUCAUAUACUAGGCAGUUAACAGUGCAUCAUGCAAUUAAGGGGGCUUUUGGUACAUUUUAAAACAAGCCACUGCUGAACCUAAAGAAGAUGGAAAGAAGUAGUUAAAUAACUAAGUGCCAUUAGCCUCGCAUGCAUGUCCUAUAUUCAGAUAUUAUAGCCCUCAAUAUGUAACAUUUAUUAACAGUGAGAGGAGAUUUCACUAUGAAUAAACAACAGGAGGAGAUUUUGGUUGAUUAACACCACAUUCACUCUUGAGCGCUUUAAAGCUCCUGUGAGAUGUUUUAACUGGUUAUGAAACAACCUGAAACGAGCACUCAAGUGUUUUUAUAACUCAGAAAAAUGAACCAGAGCAUCGACAAGAAGAAUGAUGGUUUCUGUUACAUUCAGGUAACAGUGAAUAUGAAUAGAAGUCUGUUUCAUUAUUGUCUAAAAACCCCUCACAGGAGCUUUAAAGUUGCCUAAAAUAUAUAAACAGUAAAUUUUUACAAAGACUUGUAUGUUCACUCAGUAAGUCAUCAGGACACUAUUUGACAUGCUGUCUCAUUUUCUCACUCUCAUCAAGGGCUCAGUCAUAUGCAGAGCGCCUCCGUCUGGGUCUGGCUGUGAUUCAUGGCGAGGCUCAGUGUUCAGAGUCCGACAUGGCUGACGGCAGACACUCCCCUCCAUGUGUACGCAACGCCACGGGACACACGGGCCUGGAGCUGCCUUGUAAGAAAGAAUACAACUCACUACCCACUAUUUCCUUUUCAGAUAAGCAGAUGUUACCCUGUCUGAAACAUAUCUCUGUUGCUUUUUAUGUGUCACAUCACGGUCAAAAUAAGCAAAACUAUCCGUUUUUAUCAUUUCUGCUAGUUUUAACCACUUCACUGCAUUCAGAGUGUAAAUCCUGCCCACAGCCUAACACAGCUCUUCUUCGUGCUAACCUGUUUGGAUUGGAGGAUUCUGCUGUUUCUCACUCAUGCCAUCAACCAUCCUCUGAGAAGUGGAUUCUUGUGUUACUGCAUGCUUUGAUUUAACAGAUACUCCAACUGUACCUGCAUCCUCCACCAGCUGCAACUCCUCACUUACAAAGAGUGGCGUGCUUAAAAUCUCACACCACUCCGUUUUAAAUAUUUGUUUGCUGAUACAUUUGAAUGUGACUCUGGCAUAUUUUCAGUGUUAAUUCUGGUAAGAAGAUUUAAAUGAGAGGAAAAAAAAAGAAAAGGAUUGUGUCAUUGGCAAAUGACUCCAAAGUAUCUGCGUCCAGUAUACACUUUAUUAUUUAGUAAAUGCUUUUCUAUUCUGACUUGUGUUUCUAGUCUCACCCUUGACUUAAAAAAUCCUCCUCAAAGAGAACGCUUAAAUUGCUCUAAAAAGUAAGAAGACAUUAUUGUCAUCUUUAAGUAAUGAGUCAUGUGUUUCACACUCUUUACGUCAACCUUUUCCAAGGGGAUUUUCCAAGUCUCGGCAUCAUGUGUUUUUUGUCAUGUCAAAUAUUUGUGCAUUUGUGUUAACGUGGUGUUUAUUUGUUGGUAAUAGCAGGCAAACAACAAGCUCCGUUCCCUGGCAUAGAGCUCCCAAGUACGACCGUAAACAAUAACACACACCUGACUAUCAAAUGAUUCCUUUUUUUUUUUUUUUUCAAAUGGCUCCUCAAUCCGUGCAUGUGGAAAAAAAAAAACUACAAAAAAAAAAAAAAACAGGUUUGUGUCGCAUCUUGUGAAAAAUUCCGUCUGGAUUCAGGAGAAGAAGCUGGUGAAAAACUCACAAACUGCACUGCUAGUUUUCAGAUAAAUUGCAUUGGUUUUUUGAAGCCAGUUUGCUCUUUUUUUCAGUAUUUAAUGCAGUUAGGUUAAAUUAAAAAAAGGCAGCUCUUGUGUUUUCUGCACCUUUCCGAAGAUUCCAGACGGGUACUUCUACAAGAUGUCCAAACCGCUCUUUGUUCUGUCGUGUUCUGAUUUUAUUUGAACUCCAUAAAUCAAACCAGAACCAUGCCAAACAUUUUUUCAGUUCAGUAUCUGGACUCAUCUUGCCAAUCAACACAUGGUGCACCCAUAUUAAACCUGCUAUUCAAAACCUGAUUAACUUUUGGUCAUAACUGCAUGUGAUGAGAUUAAAAAGCAUGCACGUGAAAUGAAAGACGAAACACUAUGAACAGUAUGAUUGGUACAUUUCUGCAUCUUACCUAAGCAACGCUAAAUCAAAGGAGUAGUUUCCUUCUCUUCAGUGAUUCUGAACAUUUUUAGUGUCAUGCAAAAUAAGAGAAAUACAAUCCCAAAUCUAAAGAAGUUGGCAUGCUGUGUUGAAUAUUGAUAAAAACAGACUUUGGUGGUUUGAAACCAAUUAAACUGACUGAAAGAGAGACAAAAUACCAAAUGCUGAAACUAAAAGCUUUUAUUAUUGGAUGAAAAAUAUAUGCCUGUUUUAAAGUCAAAGUCAGCAACAGAGGAAAAAAAAAAUUAAAAUAUUGUGCAAUUGGAGGAAUCUAACUGGGUUUUGCAACAGGUUCGUCACAUGACUGCACAAAAAGGCAGCUCUAGAGAGGCGAAGUCUCCCAGAAGUAAAGGUGGAAAUAGCUCAGCACCCUGUGAGAGACUGCGUGAGCAACUAGUCAUUAGGAUACAGUUCUUUUAGGCCUAAUUGCAAUUGAGCUUCUAUCAUUUACACUACAUGAUAUCAAUAAAGGAUUAAGAGAAUCUGGAGUUAGGAGGAAACUGUCUAUUAACAUGAUCCAGAAGUAGCUUCAGUAGUCCAAGUCAAAAUUUCUUUUUUGGAGUCAUGGACAGUUUUGGAGCUACAUGUUCCGAAAUACAGAUGACGCCUUUUUCAGUUUUAACAUUUAAUUUGUUGUCUUUGCUCUAUUUUCAAUCAAACGCAAGCUUCAAACUGUCGGAUUUUAUUUUUGUCAACAUUUUCCGUAGCAUUCAAACUCUUCUAGAGGUGGGGUUGUAAAUGUAAAACUGUUGUAUGAUUUUGCUGACAAAAUCUUUUAAAGUUGCUCAAUCAAACCAGAUGAUUGUGAUAAUUUCAGUCUUAGUAGACUUCCGGAUAUCUGACCAAACAUUUCUCAGGUAGCUUCCAAGUUUAAAAAAAAACAAAAAAAAAAAAAACACACAGUCUUUGUCCGAAUGUUUACAGCUAACAACAUGGCUUUCUGCUGUCUUUUGGUCACUAGUCAUAAAAGUCUGAAUGUGACUCUCCCAGGGUGUGCUGAUGCCGUGGAACUCACGGUAUUCAGUAAAGUGUUCUGCAAGGCAUGCUCCUCCUCUUCUUUGCUUCUUUCGACGUUUACUCCACAAUCGGCUUGGCUGGCUGAUUGUUUUACCAGUUGAUUGUUUCUUUAUACCCCUUUGAACGACUACGUUUACAUGCACAGCAAUACUGGCAAUGCAGCUGUACUUUUAGUUGAAUUAAUAAACCUAAAAAAACAAACAAACAUUGAAAUACAGUCCACAGGAUUGUCUUUCUGAAAUACUUUAACCCACAGUGAAGGAUACUUGCACAAUUCAAUCCUAGAUGUGUGGUUCAUGGUACAAGUUCUAUAAUUGUAGUUGUAGUACAUAAUAGUAUCAUUGAGGAUAGUAGUAGUACUGGGGCAACAGAUUUAUGCCAAUGUGGGUGCAGUGUGUAAGUAAAGAUGCCACGAUGUUCUCCAUUUCUGUAAUAGGCUUAAAUGAAUUAGACCAAUUUUAAAAACGAACACGCUUUUAUUUUGAAAAGACUUACCUGAUAAAUAGUUAAAAAAAAGGGUUGAUGUAUAAGGACUUUUGAAGAGGUGGAAGCCCUCAUAAUCUCCCAACAUUCUUCGUCAAGUUGUCCUGACACCAACUCUUUCGUUCUCUGUUAUGUUGUUUGUUGAGUAGUUGGUUAUUUUAUUCAUUGUUGAAUAACAUGCACAGUAGGGCUGGGCGAUAUUUCCUCAAAUCGAUAUCACGAUAUAUUGAGCAGUUCACCUCGAUAACGAUAAAUGGACAAUAACUACUCCACAAGCUGCUCACCCCCUCCCACAGUAACUUCGUCUACUCCAGCCACUACAACUUUUGAACUGUCCUCCUUCUCCUCACCUGUCUUUCCCUCGUAGUUAUGGACUGGAUGGGGUGGAGUCACGUCUCUGACAUAGGACAGCAUCUUAAAGGGACAUGAGACCAUAGCCUACCUACACACAUCCAAAACCAACUUUUAUCUGUCUAUUUAUUUGACACCGAAUAUAUCGAUAAGGGCAAAAUGAUGUGAGUCCUUGUCGCAAAUUUUGAUAUCAGCAAAUUUUUGGUUUAUCGCCCAGCACAGUCUUGGUAAAGUCACGUCUUGGUUACUUAAGCUGAGUUUGUGAAGUGGUGGUUGCCUGUGGAACGAUAUAUGCAAACUGGUAGAGUUUAGCCUUUAGCGUCUUUGCUACAGGAGGCUAAAGUAUGCCUACCUGUCAGCCAUGAUGCCAGUUAUGUCAGCCUUGUUUGGCCAAUAUCUUCCGAGACAAUAAGUUUUUACAUUGUCCGCCACAUCGUCAGCUACGCGCUCAUCUAUUUUGUCUGCUGUCAUCUGUUUUUUUUUGUCCGCUACAUCAUCCUCUAUGUCGUCAGCUGCAUUGUCUGCUACAUCGUUGGCCAUGUAUUCCAUCAUACUGUCUAUUAAGUUAUCAGUCACAUUGUUCAUUAAAUCUCUGACCGUGUCUGUCUAUUACCUAAAGCAACAUUGGCGAGGGAGAGUGAUAGUCAACUACUACUAAAUCCCAACAAUUCAUUGCUUGACCAAUAAAGUGUUGACGUAAACGUAUUCAAGUGUAUUGUUCAUAAAGUAUGUGACAGACUCUAGUGGUGCACACUCAGCAAAAGAUCUGUACCUGCUUCCACCAUGUCUCCAAGCUUCUAAUCAGCUACAGCGGUUAUUAUCAAUUUAGUUAUUAAUGUGAUUUAAAAAAAAAAAAAAAAAGAAUAAAUGAGACUAUUUUUGUUUUUUGGGUCCUGGUGGGGAAAAAACAGCUGUUGUAAACCAGAUAAUUGUGUGCAUGUAAACGUAGUUCUUGGCAGCAGUGAUGUUCGACUGACGACUGACCCCAGAACAUUGGCAAGUGUGUGUGAAGAAAACCCUCAUCAGUGCUUGUCGGCCACUGUCGUCCCUGUUGUGUGAAAUCCGAUCUGGUUCUGAUGCAUAUUGCAGACUGCUGCCACGUUGCCUGAGGGCCUGAGGCCGUGUGUGUCCCAGCAGUUUUUAAUCCUGAUUGGGUAUCCUGGGCAGAAAACACCCUGUGGUUUGAUUUUUUUGCAUGGCAUGUGCUCUACCAAGUUUGGCAUUUGAGUUUAAUCUCUUAGGGGUAGGUGGGGUACAAUGGGGGGAAAAAAAAUUAACUUCUGAUUCCCAAUUUUUGAGCCGAAAACUGCACAGUUAUACUCUAACAGAACUCCUGAAAAUCACCUUCACUAUUCAGUAACAACUCUGUAAUUUGAUCUGCAGAUUUGCCUAAAUUGCAGAACAUUUUCUCAACCCAUUUUACCCAAUCUACUGUUUCUAAUCAGGUGAAAUGAAGUUCACACAGCCUCAUUAUAGUGCACCCACAGGUCACCGUUUAUGCUUUUCUUUACAGUGAUGAUGGCAAAGGAGAAGCCUCCCAUCACUGUAGUUGGAGACGUGGGAGGCAGGAUUGCUAUCAUUGUGGUAAGAUGCUGUAAAUACACUUUUUUUUCCUUGUGCUUCUCUUCAAAUGUUGAAAAAUCAUCACAGUUAUAUGACAAUUUAAAUGGAAUUUUCUCUUUAAAUAAAGGAAUAAACAAAUAAUUGUUCAUAAAUGAUGAUGAUAAAAUGAUAAAAACUUUAUUUGUGUAGACAACUCAAUUUCCCUUCAGGGUUCAAUAAAGUUCUUCCAUUUAAAAGACCAAAAUGUGUUAAAAACUUGCUUAAAUUAAAUCACAGAGAGCGAUAAAACCCCAACAGUGAAAAAGACACACAUGAAAAAUUCACACAAACAACAAAAGAAGCCAGGAAACACUUUAAGAAACCAAGAGCACCAUAUGGACAGGGUUCCCACACAGUUUGAAUUUCCAUACUCUAUUAUUUUUGGGAAAAACCUACUUUUUGAUUUUAGAAAACAGUAUUUUACAGCUGUGGUAAUAUAGUCUGUUAACAUAAAUAUUUUUCCAUACUUUAUUUUUCAUUUACCAUACUUUUUUAAGACCUGGAAUUGAUCAAAUUACUUGCAUACUUUUCCAUACUUGCGUAGGACCCCUGUAUGGAGCUGAGAAACACACCUUAAAAACCUAGAAUAAUCGAAAUGAACACAAACAUACCUACAUAAACGGACACCUGAGGCCCAAAGCUCAUUCAAAAGUUUCAGGCGUUUGUUUUUCUUGUUUUCAUUUUAAACGAUUAAUAUCUUUGUUUUAUUCUGCGAUAAUGUAACUGAUUGUGAAGAGAUGCUUAAAUUUGCACAUUGAUAGAGCCUAUUCCCCAAUAACACGGGUAAAUAAUUUUCCCUUUUUUUUUUUUGCAGUAGACAGAACAUGUGAUGUACUUUGAGUGAAAUCUCUUAAUGCAGUUACACUUUAUGUUAUGUGGAGCUUAAAAGCUGCUGUGAGGAGUUUUUUGACAUUUAUGAAAUUGACUUAAAUUCAUAUUGAUGCCUUUUGAUGGUGUACAAAACCAAGUAAGACCAUCAACGACAAGAUUUAUAUGUUGCAAUGUUUUAAGCCUAAAGCUGGUGUGAGGGGGGGUAGAUAUCAGAGCAGCUGAAGAAACAGCCCUGUAUACACUACAUUACACUAAUAAACACCACAUUACACUGUUCAAAGUCUGCAGGAUGAUAUUUUGUUUGGAGUGAUACCCCACGCAAUAAAAUUUACCAGUGAUUACUACUGACUUACUGAGAAGUUAUCAGUCAUUUCUGAUGAAGUGUGUAAAGUUGUGAUUUAUCUGUACAACCACCUCUUCUAAUUUAAUAUAAACUUGAUUUUGACAACACUUCACUGUAUGUAUGCAGUAAAAGUUAAACCCCAAGAAAUCACUACACUGUGUUGAGUUUUGGAUUCCCAUGUUUUUUUUUUUUUUUUGGACUUUCUCUGACAGGAUGACAUUAUCGAUGACGUUGGAGACUUUGUUGCAGCUGCAGAGAUCCUGAAAGAGAGAGGCGCUUAUAAAAUUUACAUCAUGGCGACACAUGGCUUGCUGUCUGCUGAUGCUCCUCGCCUCAUAGAGGAAUCUGCCAUCGAUGAAGUAAGAAAACGUUGAUUUAUUGAUUUAAAUCUUUCGUAUUUUGCUCACCCUUGAGAUGAAUAAUUAAAGGUGGUCAUUUUUAAUCAAAUAUCACAACAGAAGCUUCAUGUGAGCUUGUAUUUGUUCUUGGCGAGCACGAAACCACGAGGCAGAACUUCCUCUUGUGGUCGGUUUUUCAGUUGAAUUUCUAAAAGUAGGAAAUAAGGUGCGAGUAGAAUUUCAUUGUGUUUCUGUAAACUUCUGGUUUCAAUUUUCAGUUCCUAAAAGUUUCGUCAGGUACAGACAGUUAAAGUCUCACAUUCGGGUUUAUUUUAUACUGUGUCUUCAUCGUCAUUGUUGUAAGCUGUUUCACAUUUUGAAGUCCUGCUUUGUUUUCAAACUGUCUCAAAUUUGUAGAUUUACAUUGGUGAGAUGAUAAUGUCUGAUAAUCUACUUUUAGGUGGUGGUGACCAACACAGUCCCCCAUGAAGUCCAGAAGCUCCAAUGUCCCAAAAUCAAGACUGUGGACGUCAGCAUGAUUUUAGCCGAGGCCAUCCGCCGCAUCCACAACGGGGAGUCCAUGGCGUACUUGUUCCGCAACAUCACCACAGACGAUUAG